UCAAUUAAUCCAGUGCUUGGGAGGUGAAGUGUAGAGCAGUUGAGGAUGGAAUGCUGAGUUUGUCUUCGCACAGAUUGUUAUAAAAGUGUUCUGCUGAUCAGUGUACAGUUCAUGGCAGGGAAAAUGAAAGACCGAUUUAAUGAUCUGUUGGAGAUCUCCAAGAAUUCCUCUCUGGAGAAAUGUCCAGAUGAAGUGGACGAUAAUGUGGAGGUGGUGCAAGAGACCAUCGUCUUCGAUGAGGACCACAUCUUGGAAGAAGUGUAUAAAGAGGUGCAGUCAGUGCGCCGGGAGAAUGAGAUGCUCAGAGUGGACAUCAAAAGGAUGGGCAAGCAGAACAACCGCUUCCUGACUUCUAUGCGGCGCAUUAGUAGUAUCAAGCGAGACUCCAGCGCCGUUGCCCGGGAUAUCAAGACCAGGGGGGAAGGCAUCUACAAGCGGCUCCAGAAGAUGGAAGCCUUUAGUAAGGAUACAGAGGCCAGGUAUGGUGUCAACUCUGCUCUGUCACGCAUAGUGCGGGCACAGCACCUUUCCCUAUUGCGCGGCUUCCGAGAUGCUAUGUUUGAAUACAACGAGGCUGAGAUGCUACAACGGGAGAACUGCAAGACCCGUAUCCAGAGGCAGCUGGAGAUCAUGGGCAAGGAUAUCUCGGGGGAACAAAUCGAAGACAUGAUCGAGAAUGGCAAGUGGGAUGUCUUCUCUGGAAACCUGCUGACGGAUGGCAAGGUGGCCCGCUCAGCCCUUAACGAAAUAGAGAACAGGCACAAAGAGCUGCUGGAGCUGGAGAGCCGCGUCAGGGAUGUUCACGACUUGUUCCUGCAGAUGGCCUUGUUGGUGGAGGAACAAGGAGACAGGCUGAACAACAUUGAGACCAACGUAUUGGAAACAGUGAAUUACUUGGGGGAGGCCAGGACUCAGAUCAAGAAAGCUGUGGAGUACAGGAAAAAGAACCCUUGUAGGAAGCUAUUCUGCUGCUGUUUCCCUUGCUGUCAGUGAGUGAAUGGUCUGUGGAUUUUGUUUUUCUACAUGAGGGUACCCCCAUAUCUAGUGGUGACUUAAAGUGGGCACAACAAAGAAUGUGUAUUGCUGUGCACUCCUACCAGGAAUCCUGUAAAAAGGGGAAGCUGUAUCAAAACCGGAAGUAUGUUCAUUGUUUGGUGGUUCUGUGCAAUGGUACUGACAAAGGGGCAACAGAAAGUGUUUAAAUGUGUUCAUAGUAAUGUUAACAGACUACUAACAAAAUCUGAAUGAUAAUACAGUAAAGUGCACUUAGUUGCUUGGAACUUAUUUCUAGACUGAAAGCUACAAAGGAACCUGUUAAACUCUGUUUCUUCAGAUUACUACGUUUGUUGUGAUUUCCAGUAGUGAGCUCUAGAAAUGUUUAUCUGCCUUUCCGUGCCAUGUAAAUGGUUUCAUGUGUGUCAUUCAGAAGUAAUAUUUAAUAUGCAAUUAUUUACUGUACUAUACAUAGUAGGACCUUUGGCAUCCAGAUGCAUUUCUAACUACAGGAAGUCAACUGUAGAAAGGUCUUUAAUAACGUCCUGCUUUUUUAACACUGUACUUUCAUAAAUGUAAAGCUAAUUAAUUUUUUUCAGACAAAUAAAAGCAGCAUAAAGUUAACAACUAAAAAAAAAAAAAAGUAGUUGAUAUUUUGAAGAUGAACUUGCUUGUGAGAAAACAGUACAAAAAUUGAUCCCUGAUGGGGAAAAUCCAUAUCCAUUUGAUAGCAUGGCUCAUUGAUACAAAAAAGGGGUUCAAAGGACAAUUUUCUCUGAAUGUUUGACUUGUUUAAUACAUUUUAAAUGUGCAUUUUGUAAAUAUGCAAUUGUGUUAAAUGUUUGCAAGGUUUUAUGUUUAUCCCAGACCCUGAAAAAAAGGUAAUUUAAUAAAAUUAGUUUCUGA